AUGAGCUCACCUACAAAUGCGCUUCUUGGCACAUUCAUGCUGUGGUGGGGUUGGUUUGGAAUCAAUUCUGGUUCAGCAUGGGGUAUAACAAGCGGCAGAUGGCGCCUUGGAGCCAGGGCGUCCGUGGCAACGAUAAUGAGCUCAAUUGGCGGUGGUGCCACAUCAAUUAUGUUUAGUUUCAUCAAAAUGAAAAAGCUGCAA